AUGGCUCCAUUAGUGCUAGUGCAGCAAAAAACUAGAUCUAUCUACAUCGACCUUACGAAAAGUGAUGAUGAGGAUAACCAACCCCAGGUCCCAGUCCACACCCAACAACCGUUGACGCAUCCAAUCUCAACUUCCCCGAUACUCCCACCGCCCUCACAAUCAGCUACCUCUCGGCGUAUCGUCUCAAAGACCGCCGGUCUAACUACCCGAAUCAUACCUAAUGGCCAUAACAAAUACGAUUUCAGUUUUACGCCAGGUCUCUCGAAAAAGGCGCCAGGUCCCUCGAGGGUUCCUUUACGGCCUUCCCCUUCUACGCCCAACUCUCCGGCCCAAAAAGGUCGGCCUAUAGACCAUUCUCCUAAAAAUGGAGAAAACACAGAUCAGGGUAGGAGCCUCAAUCCAGGGCAUGCUGUCAAGCGAAGGAAGGUUGAGGGUGGAAUGGGCCAUGGGCCUGGUGCUCCGCGCCCCUCACCUUAUGCUUCCCAAGGUUCUGCAUCUCAGGUCAAACCCGAGCCGAAGCAGGAAUCCACCACACGUGGUUCCGCGCGGCGCACGUCUUCUGAUUACCUCUCGGUUGAACACGGCAAUGAGGUUCGGCAGGCUCUUGAGAAACAAGUCUUUCCCCAUAUCUUAGCAGCUUUUUCUGGACAUCGGGGGAAGCUUUCUAGCGCUGAUAGGGAUUGCAUAGGUCAAAAGAUCGCGGGAGAUCUCGUGAAGCCUCCUGUAUUUAUGCAGAACUUCCUUGCGAGUAACUUCAAACUGUCAGCCAAAUACGAAAAGCAGCUCGCACUCCGCGCAGAGAUAUUAGUCAAUCGAUACACAAAGUUGGUUUUGGAAGGGUUAAGCAUCCAUGAUUUAAUGUUUCUGGACUCUGCUGAUGCAGGAUAUGUUCCGAUCGAGAGGACAGCUGACGGUCGCUCAAGUGAAAGCCCAGAAUCUUCUGCCGCUUCUAAUAGUGAUGCCGAAACAUCUGAAUUGGAAGCUGUAGCAGUAGGACAGCGUCAUCUACAUCAGCCAAAACUACACGACUAUUUCUCGUCACUAGCCACGUCACCCAGUACCGACAAUGUUGGACCCAAGACGCCUGAAGAUAGCAAGAUGACCGGUUUUCCAAGCUCUUCAGCGGUAACGAUCAGGACUCGGAGGAGCACCCGAAAUUUACGACCUCAGACGCGCCCCACGACGCCCCCUCCUGUACCGGUUACAAUAGGUGCCCAAACGGCCCUAAAUGGAUCCCGAUCGAAGCAGUCUACUCGAAGUCAUAAAGCAACCGGUGCUUCUACAGAACCAGCUUGCCAGAGAAUUGAGCAUCCCCUUGAUGCUGCGGAUCCUAAGAAAAUCCAUUCUUCCCAUCACCGGGCUGGCCGAUCUUACCUCACGACGCUACUGAGAGAACGUGAAAUGACGGGAAUAGGAGCCCUCAACUUCCGUCAUGGCCAGACAUCUUUUAGAACGGAGGCAAUGAACAAUCUUGAAGAUUCCUUAGUUCCGAAAUCACACUGGACCAAUUGCAGUGGUGACAUUGCUACUAUCAGCUGGGCAGGCGAAGGUGCCUUUGUUUGUGGAUGCAUCGCACAUUCUGAUAGUUACAACAUGCAAUACAACAAACCAGGCAACUUAGUUUUCGGGUCACUACCUUCGGAUACACUGAAAGCCGUUGCGGACCAUCGGAUUAUUCGACCACUAAUCGACCCCGAUCAGAAUAAAGAGAAUGCAUCACAUGCUAUGCGGCAGACACAAGACCCCUGGCUAUAUACAUCUGUUGUCUCAGCUUCGUAUAGUGAGACAAAUGGCCUUACUUUCACAGCCAGCUUUGAUAAGACCGUUAAGAUAUGGGCGGUAUCAGAGGACGGAUCAUCUAUGGCACUGGUUGGGACUUGGGACCAUGAUGACAAGGUGAAUUUUGUCGUUACAUCCCAAGUCCACAACCGUGUAGCUACUGCCGCUGAUGUGUACAACGACGCUAUUCGAGUGUACGAUCCCGAAAAGGAAGAUAUUACCAACUCGCCAUACCAUACAUACAGCGGGAUCAAAGCCCAAGAACAGGCUAAUGAGGUUCGGGCUCAGGAUACCUGGGCAUAUUUUCCGGCCACUAUACAGUGGGGCAAAUCUCCGAGUGUCUCAAACCUCCUACUCGUUGGCUAUUCGCCUCGAAGCGUCGCAGGAGAUGAUGCCGAUAUUCCGGAGGACAAGAAGAAUAGCGGCGAGCUUUGUAUUUGGAACGCCGAGGACCAGUCUCGAAUUGCAAUAGGCGCAGGAAGCCCAGGACGUACACAAAACGUUUUCGAAGUGGUGUGGCAUCCGAGCCAGCCAUGCUUUCUUGCGGCGACGUCCCCAUGUGGGACCAUUGCACCCGAUAAAACUCGAACUCAGGUUCAAUUUUUUGCCCAGAACGAAUGUGGCGUUUUUAUCAGCAUUAGAGCUCUUGAUUGUCCAGCUCUUGAUAUCAACGAGCUCACCAUCAUGCCCAACAGCAGACUUCAUUGCUACGUCGGAGCUAGCUGUACUGACGGCAAUACAUAUGUUUGGGAUACUGCCGCUCGGAGUGAUGAACCAAUUCACAUCCUAAAUCACGGAGAGUCUCUCGACAACCCCCUCCCGGAUAUCCCUCGCGAAAUUGGUGACGCAGGAGUAAAGUUUGCAACUUGGGGACAAACCUGCGAGCGCUUGUAUACCGGAUCAUCGGACGGUAGAGUAAACGCGUGGAAUGUCCAAGCACCGCCUAGAAAGGCAUUUAUUCGAACGGUUCUCGAAGUCUCUGGAGGCAUAUCUGCUGGAGUCUUCUCGAAGGACUACUCUAAGUUGCUAAUUGGCGAUUCAACGGGGAAGGUUCAUUUAUUAGCGUUUGAUGAUAGCGACGCAGAAGUAGAAACGCCUCUAUUAGACCCUCCUACCAUUGGAUUAGGCGCUAGACUGAGCACCUUGCCAGUAGCCAUUCCCCAGCCGCCAAAGCUAGUCGUUCCACACGCGGAACCACCCAUACCAUCAAGUCCUGACGAGAAAUCUAAUAAUAUUAGUACUGACGAAGAGUCCGGCCCAGAAUUAGCACAUAAGUUCUUGGCAGAAGGCCAACUCAUCUUAUACCCAGAUCCGCUAGUCGGUGCAGUACAAGGCCCUAAUUACUAUGAGACUAGCUUGUUUCGAGCAGAAGCUCACGAGGAGGAAGAUAUAAAAAGGCCCCUUAAACCUAGUUUCCGAGCUAGCCAGAAGUUCAAGAAGUCUUCUAGGGCAAAGCCACUUGAUAUUCCGAAGCUGAAGCUAGUUAAAUGCUCGGGUAUUGAGUUACACUUUAAUAAUCUAAAGCUAGACGGGGAAUUCAAGGCCGAGAAUAUUGAAUUUGAGUGCGAUUGUCUACUUAUAGAAGAGUUAGACUAA